GGUUGAUGAGGAAGAUCAUUAAAAAUUCCUACCAGAUAUUACUGCGAGAUUUACCGGUUAUACGUCCAUAUUAAGUGAAAACAGUCAUGCCUUCCACACCACAACUAUCUCCCCAAGAGGAGCAGGAGAAACUACUUGAAGAAGCUAAUAACAUUGUCAAGAAUCAGUCUUUCCAGAUGAAAAGAUGUUUGGACAAAGGAAAGCUGAUGGAUGGUCUUAAGCAUGCAUCUACCAUGCUUGGGGAGCUUAGGACAUCUAUGUUGUCCCCUAAAAGUUACUAUGAACUUUACAUGGCGAUAUCUGAUGAGUUACGUCACCUUGAAUUGUAUUUAGUGGAUGAAUUUCAAAAAGGUCGCAAGGUUGCAGAUUUGUAUGAAUUGGUACAAUAUGCAGGCAACAUUGUCCCACGAUUGUAUCUGUUGAUAACUGUUGGUGUGGUAUAUAUCAAAUCAAAUGAGUUGUCACGGAAGGACAUCCUAAAGGACCUUGUGGAGAUGUGUCGAGGUGUCCAGCACCCUUUGCGCGGUCUCUUUCUCAGGAAUUACCUUCUUCAAUGUACAAAGAAUGUACUUCCUGACAGUGAGGAGGACACAUCAAGUGGUGAUUAUGAGGCUGGCACUGUACUCGAUUCAAUAGACUUCAUCUUGUUGAACUUUUCGGAAAUGAACAAGUUGUGGGUGCGUAUGCAACAUCAGGGCCAUUCAAGAGACCGUGUGAAACGUGAACAAGAGAGACGGGAACUGAGGAUCCUGGUUGGCACAAAUCUUGUCCGUCUAAGUCAGCUUGAGUGCAUUGAUAUUGAGAAGUAUAAAAAGUUGGUAUUACCGGGAAUUCUGGAACAGGCAGUGAGCUGUAGAGAUCCCAUUGCUCAGGAAUAUCUGAUGGAGUGUAUUAUACAGGUGUUUCCUGAUGACUUUCAUCUACAGACAUUAAGUUCAUUCCUCAGAGCAUGUGCAGAACUCCAUGAAAGUGUUAAUGUAAAAAACAUUAUCAUUGCACUUAUUGACAGGCUGGCACAGUUUUCCCAGAAUGAGGAGGGACAAGGCAUCCCACAGGACAUUCAGCUGUUUGACAUCUUUUCACAACAGGUCUCACAGGUCAUACAGAAUCGACCUGACAUGCCACCUGAGGACAUUGUAUCCCUCCAGGUGGCGCUGAUUAAUUUGGCACUUAAGUGUUACCCAGAAAAGACAGAUUAUGUAGACAAAGUGCUGGAAACAACAGAGGAAAUCUUCAAUCGACUCAACCUUGACCAUUUGGAGCAUGGCAGUCCGGUCUCUAAAGAAUUGAUGAGACUGAUGAAGAUCCCGGUGGACAGCUACAACAAUGUGCUGAUCGUGCUUCAGCUAGGACACUUUGGACCCCUGUUUGAAUACUUUGACUUUAAAAGUAGGAAAAUAAUGAGCUGCUACAUCAUCAAUAAUGUACUGGAGAAUGACACAUUUAUACCCACACAAGAACAUGUGGACAGUAUCCUGAACAUUGUAAAUGUUUUAGUACAAGACCAAAAUGACCAGCCUGAGGAGCCAGAAGAUCCUGAGGAUUUUGCAGAGGAACAGGGCAUUAUGGGAAGAUUUAUAUAUCUGUUACAAGCAGAGGACCUGAACCAACAAUAUCUUAUUCUGAACACAGCACGAAAACACUUUGGCAGUGGGGGUGAUCAAAGGAUAAAGUUCACCCUACCACCGAUUGUCUUUGCUGCAUACAGACUUGCCAUGAGAUAUCGUGAUCACCAGGAAGAGGAUGAGAACUGGGAGAGGAAAUGUCAGAAGAUUUUCCAGUUUUGUCACCAGACAAUAGGAGCUCUGAUAAAAGCAGAGAUGGCUGAAAUCCCACUGAGGCUAUUUCUACAGGGAGCCAUGGCUGCAGGACAGAUCGAGUUCGAAAACCAUGAAACUGUGGCUUAUGAGUUCAUGUCUCAAGCAUUCUCUCUGUAUGAGGAUGAGAUCAGUGAUAGUAAGGCACAGUUAGCAGCAAUCACCCUUAUCAUCGGCACACUGGAACAGAUGUCUUGCUUUGGGGAAGAGAACCAUGAGCCCCUGCGCACUCAGUGUGCUUUGGCUGCAUCCAAGCUUCUUAAGAAACCUGACCAGUGUCGUGGAGUAUCAACAUGUUCACAUCUGUUCUGGUCAGGCAAAACCUCAACAUCUGAUGGACCAAUGCAAGAUGGAAAAAGAGUUGCAGAUUGUCUAAAGAAAGGAGUGAAGAUAGCAAACCAAUGUAUGGAUGACUCUGUGCAGGUUCAGCUUUACGUGGAACUGCUAAACCACUAUAUAUACUAUUACGAGAAAGGUUGUGACCAGAUAACCGUUCAAGUGUUGAUCCAGUUAAUUACCAAAAUCAAAGAAUUAAUACCAAACUUAGAAGCCAAUGAAGAAACAGAACAAAUACACAAACAUUUCCAAAACACAACAGAACAUUUACAACUGAGAAAAAACAACCCAGAGCCUGAUGGUCCAUCAUACGAUGCACUGACAAUAUGAACAGACUCCUUAAUUGGCCAUUAGGUUGGCAGGUGGUCAUGCUUCAACAGUUUCUAUGAUCAUGUAAAUGCUCAAGGAAUCAUUGUGAGAUGGAGGACCACAACAACCACCUGUGUUUCAGCUGAAGUUAAGGAAAGUGACCAUUAUUAACAAAGAUGUUAUUCAAAACCAUCGUGUAUGUAGUGAUAAUGUCUCUGCAAUUUCAUAUUUACUUAGCUCCAUUUUCUUUCUUGGAGUUUUCAUAAUUUAAUAGGAACUCUACUGGUUUUCACACAGCCUGCAUCAUUUCAUUGGAGAAUGGAGGAUACUAAUCAGAUAUCAAACGCUGAACUGGUGUCUAGAACGACUAAGAGCAUUUUAAAAAAUUCUGUUUUGUAACGUUUUAUGUCAAGUUAGAAUGGCCUAUACCUGUAGAAGAUACAAUUCACUUAGGACUUCACUAUAGUCUAGGCAGGAGUGAGAAGUAAUGACCAGUGCAAUAGGUCAUAAGGUCAGUUGGGUUUCCCUGUCAUUGAAGUUGUAACUUUGUCCUAUGUACUGUUUCUUGUUCUAAUAAUAUUGUGACUUACCGCUGAUCAUGAAUAUUUCCAUGUCAGUGUUUAAGAUUUUUAAUCAAUAUCAAAAAACAAACCCUUUUAACUUUUCACAUUUUAGAUAAACUUUCUUUGAAUUAUGAUGCCUCAUUCAAUUUCUCACUCAUGCCGAACAAGUACGCUCAAUUGCCUAAAAACAGAUAUACAUAGUAUUUAUAUAUAUAUAUGGGACUUAUUUGUUGCACUUUUUUAAAAUAAAAGUUUGGAAAUGAAUAGACUGACCUAAAAACUAAUCUAUUCAUUGUUGAGGAAAGGCUAUUGAAAAUAUUAAGUUCGCCCAUUAGAAUUCAUUUAGAAGUGCUAAAUGAUUUCAAAAUUAAUACAGUGUAUUGAAAAUAUCCUGUGUUAAAAUUCAUAAAGAAGUGCUAAAUUAUUACUUAAUGAGUACAUUGACCAUUUGAAUUGUAGAAUGAAUCACCUGUCACUCAGUCUACAACUUGAAGUUACAUAUGAAUAAGGAAGCGUAGACACUGAGCUAGUUUUCAAGAUUAUUCCAAAACUAAUGACAGUAUGACAACUUAUUCUCAAGAGUUACAGUAGCAUAACUGGAAAAGUUUUCCUCCAGUAGAUUUCUUUUUACAUUUCAAGUAAAAUUAAGUCAUUUUGAUGUAAAAAAUAUUAACUGCUUAAUAUGUUCAUGUAUUGAAACAAGGUUAAUGCCUGUGAGGAAGUUUUGCCAUUAUACACCUGUAGAAGAUGGUGUGCUUGUGUCAGCCCUAUGUAAGUGCUGCUUGACAGUGUUUGGUAUAUGUCUUUACAGUGCAUUUUUUCUCGUUUAUUCAAGUAGAUAUGCAGUUAAAUACAAGUAUAUGUCAACCAAUAAAUUAUU